AUGACCCGCUACAGAUUUUCUGUGAAUAACUUAUGCCCCUCACCACAAUACUCCUGUGAGGCAGUUUGCCGACUGAAUGGAAGCAGCCAGGCUCGAGAAAGGAUAUUUCAGAAACCUCGUUACUGCGAUGAGCUCUGCCUUGAGCUUGGUGAUUGUUGUUAUAACUAUUUUCAAAGGUAAGCUAAAUUACACGCUCGCCAUCCAUCUUUAGAUUAAUCUUAAAACUGAGGACUUUUGUUUUUUUGUAUUUUUUUUUUUCAGUUAAGGAAUGAGCAAUUAAGUUAAACCCGCCCUCAGGUUCACAUGCCUUGGUCUUUCUUUCAUUGCGCCUACUCAAUAGUUUCGGUAUUUUCAAAGAUACAAGUAUCCGAGGUUUUUAAGGUGUGGUAGACGGUCAUUUAAAAUAGUUAAAGCCUUAUUUGCCAUAUGGUUGCAAAAAAUUCCUCGAGUAUAAUUCCUGAGUUCCUUAUCCAAGUUCAGAAAAAAGACAGGGAAAAAAAUAUCCCUUUGUUUCCAGGCUCCCACAUAAACGUCACCCAGUUUUAUGUAUAUAUAUGUAUGUGGAAAGAAGUGUACGUGGUCGUUCAAGCUUCUCUUUAUUAGUACUGGUCUUAUACGGAACACUUGCAAAGGUUGAGUCCACUGCAUCAGUUAUCUAACAUUAAUUUUUCUUUCCUUUGUCAUUUUUGACCUUCAGAUGUGUGGCUGACCUUACACCGAGGCGUCACCUUUUAGGGCAUGUCUGUGUUAAGGCCGGCAAUACAGAUUUUUAUGGCUACACAAUGAUUGGCAGCUGUGCAUCAGACAACUCUUAUAAGAACUUGCAAAAUUUAUGCACCUCAACAUCUUCUCCUUUAGAGCUGCCCGUCUUCGCCUUAGGCGACAACAGCGUUUACAAGAAUAUUUUCUGUGCCAAAUGUAAUGGCGCCAAUAAUCCAGUUUACUGGAAGUAUUCUGCUUUCUGUGACAAGGCGUUUCAUCACGGCAAGCGAUAUUCCAAAAAACAGAAGCAUGAUGUUGAACUUUUUAACAAAGAAUUGCGAUUGGAAAUUUGCAGUUCCGCGUGCUAA